GGGCAUUCGAGAUCUUAAUUUGAAUCGAUGACCAUGUGUACUUUGUGCGCCACUAGCUCAGUGAACGAACGUCUUCUCCCUGAGAGGUCCAGCUCGCAACAGCGGAAAAAGCAUGGCAGACCCACCCGAUCACUUGGUGAUUGGCACCCGAAAGAGCACGUUGGCUAUGAUUCAAACUCAUUACGUGGAAGCAGCGCUGAAAGAAACCUUUCCAACCCUCAAUUUGACCAUUGAUAAGCGGACCACCAAGGGCGAUGAAGUACAAAACGUGGCCUUGAACAAGAUCGGGGACAAGAGUUUGUUCACCAAGGAGCUAGAAUUGGCCUUAGAAGCCGAGGAGGUGGAUAUUGUGGUCCAUUCGCUCAAAGAUUUGCCCACUACUCUGCCACCCAAUAUGAUUAUUGGUGCUAUUCUCAAACGAGAAGAUCCAAAGGAUGCCGUGAUCAUAAAGGAUAAAACAAAAUAUGCCCAUCUGUCAGAAUUACCCGAAGGUAGUGUGAUUGGCACCAGUUCUGUUCGGAGGGCAGCUCAAAUUCGAGCCAAUUUUCCACAUUUGACCAUCAAGGACAUUCGCGGAAAUCUGAAUACUCGGGUCGAAAAGAAAUUGGAAGGUACUCAAGAUUACGACGCCAUUAUUUUGGCCUUUGCUGGCAUUGCCCGAAUGGGUUGGGAGGAAAAAAUAUCUCAUGUCUUGGAUGACGAGCAUUGUUUACACGCCGUGGGACAAGGUGCUUUAGCCGUGGAAUGCCGUGUCCAAGAUUUAGCCAUUUUGAAGACAAUCCAAACCUUGACCGACCGAAACACGGCCUUGGCUUGCAUUGCCGAGCGAGCUUUCAUGUGUAAACUUGAAGGAGGUUGCUCAGCUCCAGUAGCCGCCCACGCUCAAGUUCAGGAGGGCGUGUUAUCCAUGAAAGGGGGAGUCUGGAGUUUGGACGGCUCCGAUGCCCUCGUGGCCGUCUCGACUGUGACUUUGAGCGGAAAUUCCGAUCCACCCACCGUUCAGAACGAGUCUCAGUAUGCCGGAUUUGUGGGACUUAAUCUCCACGAAGCUGACCUGCAAUCAGCCCAUGACCUAGGACUGAACCUAGCGCUGAAGCUUAUCAAGCGAGGAGCUGAAAAGAUUCUCAUGGCCGCUAAAUUGGCCAAUGCCACCCCAUCUUGAAGUCUAGGCACUCUCGGCAUCAUCGAUCCAUUGAUGAAUAGUUUGAUUUUUAAGAAAUAUAUUCAAUUUUGAAGUGAAA